AUGGCUCCGGGCCAGGUUUGCCCACAAAGAUGUCACCGGCACCUGUUCUCCCAGAUGUCCCUGAGCAGGAGCGAGGGGCAGUGGCUUCCUCUGCUCCUCCUCGCCCAUGCCCAGGCCUGUUCUGCUCUCCAGGAGCUCACACCCCGCCGUCGCCCGCGCACUCGGCCUGGACCCCCGCCUGCGCCUUGCAGCGCGAGCCCCCCACCAUCACUGCCUCCGGCCUCCGCUCCUCACCCCCCGCCUGACCCCCGGCUCCGCUCCCAGCCCCGUGGUGCCCUCAACGCAGUGCCUGGAACUGCAGGACGGUGUGGGCUGCCCACCCCUGCCCAGGCUGUGUGUGGCACCGCCCGUGGCUUCCAGGUGCCAGGGCCACACAGCAACCGACCUCGCAGACCUCCACCUCCGGGACAGGCCAAGACGUGA